GCUUUAAGAGUGAGAGAGACAGAAAAGGGGGAACAGAAGGUACACGUCAAAUUUAUGUUAUGUGUGUAUUUAGGCUACCGGCAGGCCGAAAAUACCGGUUUGAAGUUUAGCUGUUGAAAUAGGACAGUAAUUAACACCCACCAGAGCCAGCUAAAGUUACAAUGGGUGGACUUGUCAGUUAUUUCAGAAAUUUGCUCGGAAGUCGGGAAAUGAGAAUUCUCAUUUUAGGUUUGGAUGGAGCUGGGAAAACAACAAUAUUGUACAAAUUACAAGUUGGUGAAGUAGUUACAACAAUUCCAACAAUUGGAUUUAAUGUCGAACAAGUUACAUACAAAAACCUGAAAUUUCAGGUGUGGGAUUUAGGUGGUCAAACAAGUAUUAGACCAUAUUGGCGCUGUUAUUAUUCUAACACAGAUGCCAUCAUAUAUGUUGUGGACUCAGCUGACAGAGACCGAAUAGGGAUCUCUAAAGAUGAAUUGCUUGCUAUGCUCAGGGAAGAAGAGCUUCAAGGAGCCAUACUGGUAGUUCUUGCAAACAAACAGGAUAUGGAUGGUUGUCUAAGUGUUGCAGAAGUUCACCAAGCCCUUGGUCUAGAAGCUCUUAAAAAUCGCACUUUCCAGAUAUUUAAGACAUCUGCCACCAAAGGAGAAGGUUUGGAUUCAGCUAUGGAUUGGCUAUCCAACGCCCUUCAAAACCGUAAAUAAUUGAAAUGAUCUAAGCCUCUUGCACUAUGUUCCUCAAGACUGGAUGUACCUAUAAAAGGAGUGAAAUGGUCACUCAUGUUGUACCAAGCAAUCAGAAAAAAUGCAUUAUAACUUGUAAAUUAUGUUUCAAAAUCCAAUGUGUUUUCUACCUUGUCCUAGCAGAAUUUUAAAACUGUGGUCUUUCCAAAUGACUGUUGUAGCUAGAUAGCUCUGUUGAUUAGCUAACUUUUGUCAAGAGUGUGCUUAACCAAUUGUCCAAGACUUUUUGAUCAGAUAUAUAUUAUUUAUAUGUUGCUUAGUGUUACAAUGCAUUGAAAGAAAAUGGCAUACUGCACUUCAAUGAAUUUUUCUUUCAUGUGUUCCUUCUUGCUUCAUUCCAACAAGCUUAGAUUAUGUUAUCAGUGAAAUGAGAACUGUUGUGGGUUAUAGCCCCCUGGCUUCAUUUUAGUGUUCAUUCAUUUUGGCUCCAAUUACCGUAAUGUCAUUGAGAGAGUGAGUCUAAAUUUGCAGUUUGCAUACUAGUCUUCUUAUGGUGCCUUUUCAAUCAGCUUAUAUAUUAAAUACCUAGAUCAGAAACAUAUUGUAAUUUUACGUGUGGAUCUGUGCUAUAAGUAGAGGUCAGAAUCAGGAUUGUUUUGCAAGACCAAAUAGUUUGUUUUAAAAGUAUCUUCCGGUAUCUCCCAUUCAGUUUACAUUGAAGGUGUUCAAUGGUUGUAAUGAGGCUCAAACAAUUUAAAUGUUUCAUGUAUUGACUGCUUCCAAUUUGAUUUAAUUUCUAUGAUCCCUUGUUUGAAAAAUAUACUGAUUUGAGACCUUCAAGUAAUAUAGUUCCACAUGACUUUCUUUUCAUGGAUUCCAAAAUCAACUUUAUACUGACACUUAUUUCUCAUUUGUAAGCCCUUUUUAAAUUGUGAUAUCUUUUUCCCAAAUCAUUUUUCAUUAGUAUUUGAAUUCCUGUGGCACUAUCGAGAACAAAGACAAAUUCAUUCUCCUACUUCAUAUCAAUUUAUCAAUUUCACAAGGUUCUUCUUAAACUGGAUUUUCAGCGAGUGUCGUAAAUUUAACAGAACUGACAACUCGUCUUACUUUAAUUUAUUACCUCUUGUUACUGUAUUUGGUUACCAUUAAGUUGUGUUUUUAUAUUAUGAGUUUAGAACCUCAUGCAUCCCCCACAAUAACUUGAGUUAAAUUCAUGGAAUUGUAAAAAAAACUGAGAACCGUGAAUAUUUAGGAAGUAAUGUGUUUUGUUCAAUUAUUUUAGAUAUGUCAAAGGAAAAUAAAUCCAAAGUAAAAACAUAAA